GUGUCUUCCCCAUUGACUUGGCAAAGACCAGGUUGCAGAAUCAGAGACAAGGUCAGCAGGUCUACAAGGGCAUGAUGGACUGCCUUGUCAAAACGGUUCGAUCAGAGGGGUACUUUGGCAUGUACAGAGACUUGGGUCCCCCUGGGAUAUUGAAGGCUAGCCGAUAAGGCGCAGCCACGCUGGAGGCAAAUCGUUACAUGGUUCUUACAAUACUGCUCUAUUAAACUAUAGGCACACGUUUUUGUUUUACCAUCUAUAUGUUCUAUAAUUUGACUACUUGUUAAUAACUACUUGGCUUUCUCUUCACUUUCCUGUCCACUUGUUGUAGAUCCUCCAUUUUAUAUACAGUGAAUUGUGUCGUUGCAGAUCUUGGUUGAUCUUGAAAAUGAAUCUAGGGGAACUAAAGUUUAUUUUAGCUGCUCAACAGUCUCACAGAUGAGUUUUUAAGCUUGCCCAAAGUCUGCGCACACAAUACAUGGUUGAAGAUUUGUUCUGUCCUUUCACUAAUAUCCCUUUAUUUCACUAACGUCUCUUUAUUUUACUAAUGUUUCUUCAUUUCACUAAUGUCUCUUGAUUUGUCUGGUCUGUUGUUGUUGUCAUUAACCUACUUACUUUGUAGACUUUUUAAUACACAAAUUUCCUUAAUGUGUGUUUUUUCUUUUUUUGUUUUUUCUCGCAAAGUGUCCUUUUACCAUAAAUUGACUUCACUAUACUUCAUAGUCUUUUUUUUAUUUAUUUUUUGCAUCUUCCUCUGGAUAUUCACAACCCUCAUUACUUCUGUCUUGUGUUUUGGUGUGUUUCUCAUUUCCCUUCUUAAACAUGUUUUGGAUGUAAUUUCUGUUGCUGUAAUCUCUUUCAAUCAUCAUGACUGAAGCUACUUUUAAAUUGAGCAUUUGACUUGCCUGUGUGUACAUCAGCUAUACAAUGGACUUAUUACGUUAUAAUGUUUGAAAUGAUAGUUGUAGGGAAUGUCUUUGUAAAAGUUCUAAAUGGCAACGUGAUUGUGACUUUAGUGCUAACUGUUUGGGUUUUUUUUUCCUUCUCAGGUGCUGCUGUAAAUCUGACCCUGGUCACUCCUGAGAAGGCUAUCAAGCUGGCUGCUAAUGACUUCUUCAGACAUCAUCUGACCAAGGAUGGAAGGGGGCUGACUGUGUUGAAAGAGAUGUUGGCAGGUUGUGGUGCAGGAAUGAGUCAGGUCAUUGUCACUACCCCCAUGGAAAUGCUCAAGAUACAGCUACAGGAUGCGGGCAGACUUGCGGCCCAGCAGCAAAAGCCAGUCAUGGUGUCUACCACCAAGAUUGUGGCCACCAACACCGUGCUCAGCCGCUCCUACAACUCUGGCAUGGUGGUCUCAGCACCACGAGCUGUAUCUGCCACACAGAUCGCAAAGGAACUCCUGUAUACGCAGGGCAUCAAGGGGCUCUACAAAGGUCUGGGGGCAACACUAAUGAGGGAUGUUCCCUUUUCUGUUGUCUACUUCCCGUUAUUUGCCAACCUGAACAGCCUGGGCAAACCCAGGCCUGAGGAGUCAUCACCCUUCUAUUGGGCUUUCUUCUCAGGCUGUGUGGCCGGAUCUACUGCCGCUGUGGCUGUUAACCCCUGUGAUGUGGUGAAGACGAGACUGCAGUCGCUGAACAAAGGGUCCAAUGAGGAGACUUACAAUGGCGUUAUGGACUGUGUGAGUAAAAUUAUGCGGAAGGAGGGACCGUCUGCCUUCCUUAAAGGUGCCGGCUGUCGAGCUCUGGUCAUUGCUCCUCUGUUUGGCAUUGCACAGGUUAUGUACUUUGUUGGCAUUGGCGAAUACAUUAUGGACAACUCGCCUCUAAGUCUCCUGUCUCCAUGAGAGUGGAUCAACUUGCUGGCUGGCUAUGCACAGGACCUUCCUUCCUGGGGGAACAACUGGCAGCUACAUCAGACCAGUUUACAACAACUAAAAAAAAAAAAAAUUCCACAAGACUUGUUUGAGUCAGAAAGGCUUCAGGGUCUGAAGACCUAAGAUUUCAUCUUGUGUAUGGUCUGACAGCUGUGUUGCACUAAACACUUUUGUGACUUAUUCAUUAGGAUAUGGCCAAUGUUUGCACUUGAAGCUGUUGGCCUUACUGGGCUGGGGGUCUCACAGUUGCAGUGUGAUUCUUUGUCCCUAAGACAGUCCUGCGAUUCCCUCUAUGAGGGAGGGGAGCUCACUCCAUCAAUAGACAUAUUUUUGUGUAAUCUCACUUUUCACAUUAUUUUGUAUCUGUAUGCUCAUUUUAUUUUGGAUUGCUGAAAUGCAGCAGUUUGCAGUACUUUUUCUGUUUUAACAUUUGAUAACAAGGCUUUGAGGGGAAUACAUGAGGUCCAAUUUACACAUUGCAAAAGGAUUUUUUCCCUUAACAUUUUAAGCAGAAACUCUGUUGUUUAGGUGGACUGAUUGUAUUGACAUGGGACCAUAUAAGUUUGCCAAACCAUAACAAUGUCCUGUUACACACCUGAUGUGAAAUACUUGAGAAGCAUUCAUGCACAUUAUAUAUGUAUGUUUAUCCACAUAACCUCAGUUUAGACAUUUCAAUAUGCAUACCUACACUUUACACGAGUAUUUUUGGUGUAUGCCUUAUGAGAGCAGAUUGACAUUUCUCUCUAAAGAAACAAGGCUCUUAGCAAAAAAGCAUUAUUUUGACUAAGCAUGUAAAAGAUGACUGUUACCAUAUUUUGUGUUUGUGAUGGCUUUUUGUACAUACUGUGUACUGUACAAUAAACUUGCAAUGCACUCA